AUGGAUUACAACAGCUUUACUUCACUCAGGGCAAAAGAAGGAGAGGUUCUGAAUGAUCCCACCUACUAUGGGAAACUAGUAGGAAAGGUUAACUUCCUCACAAACACUAGAUUGGAUAUAGCCUACAGUGUACAAAAUCUGAGCCAAUUCAUGGAUGACCCCAGACAACCUCACUUGAAAGCAGCUUUUCAUCUACUUAGAUAUUUGAAGGGGGACCCAACUCUGGGAAUUUUCCUGUCCAAAGAUGCAGAUUAUGCCAUUAAGGCCUACUGUGACUCCGACUGGGCAGCAUGCCCAGAUUCUCGAAAAUCUAUGAGUGGGUAUCUUGUACUUUUAGGGAGCAGCCCUGUUAGCUGGAAAUCAAAGAAGUAA